UUAAUGAGGUAACGGGAUUUCUGAAUAAGGACGCGGAAGUAAUACUUGUUUGCAUGUGAUAUGGGGUUAAAAUAUUUCCUAAAAGACAAAUGAGGGGUUACAAAUUUCAGUUGAUCGUGCUCUUAAUCCUGACGGCCAUUCAUCCCCUCAUGAAUGUUAAUGAGAUCAAAGGAGCAUAAGACCAUCCCCCGGCGUGCCCUCACGUCAGAGCGUCACCAUCGUCAGAGCGGGAUCCUAUAGAAGAGCUUUUGAAUCAACUUUUGACUCUCAGCCUUGGUCGUUAAACGGUUUCUAUCAAUUCUUUUGAAGUUAACGGAUAAAUUAAAUACGAUUUUAAAAUGUCUUUGAGAGGGCCACUACGUCGUCUUCUGCGGACGCAACUCAACAAUACCUGUCAGAGCAGAGCUCGUUCUGUGGUUGUUUUAGGAGCCCCAUUUUCAAAAGGACAGAAAAGGAGAGGGGUGGAACAUGGACCCAAAGCCAUCAGGGAUGCCGGUCUGAUCGAGAGACUUUCAAAUCUGGAUUACCCAGUGCAUGACUUGGGAGACCUGAGCUUCCAGCAUCUGGAGAAGGACGAUCCCUACAUGCACGUCCCCUUCCCUCGCACUGUGGGCAGAGCUAACAAACUGCUGUCAAGUGCUGUCAGCAACGCUGUGGGAGCCGGACACACUACCAUCAUGCUGGGAGGAGACCACAGCCUGGCCAUUGGUUCAGUGGAAGGCCACGCCCAGCAGUGUCCUGACCUGUGUCUGAUCUGGGUCGACGCCCACGCUGACAUAAACACGCCCCUCACCUCGCCCUCAGGGAACCUCCACGGACAGUCGGUGGCCUUCAUGCUCAAAGAGCUGCAGAACAAGAUGCCAGAGCUGCCAGGGUUCAGCUGGAUGAAGCCCUUCCAUUCAGCUAAGGACCUGGUCUACAUCGGCCUGAGAGACGUCGACCCUGGAGAGUACGACAUCCUGAAGGACUUGGGUGUCCAGUACUUCACAAUGAGAGACAUCGACAGGCUCGGCAUCCAGAGAGUCAUGGAAGUCACUUUCGACCACCUCUUGUCAAGGAAGCAGCGGCCGAUCCAUCUGAGUUUUGACAUCGAUGCAAUGGACCCGUCUUUGGCCCCGGCCACAGGAACACCAGUAAAUGGAGGUCUGACCUACAGAGAAGGAAUCUGGAUCACAGAGGAGAUCCACAACACAGGGUUGUUGUCGGUGAUGGACCUUGUUGAGGUCAACCCAGCCCUGGGGGCGAGCCGUGAGGCGGUGGAGAUCACAGCUUCCAUGGCGGUGGACGUCAUCGCAUCUUCCCUGGGCCAGACCCGCGAGGGAGGUCCCAACACCCGGCAGUUGCAAACACUCAAAGAAGACACGGAACAGCUCCGACUCUAGAACCACAUUCUAGAACCCCUUCUAGAACUCAAAUGACUUCCAACAUAUGACCACUUGGCAUUCCUGAAUUUAAAAAAUGUUUUUUUUAAAAGACUUUACCUACAGAACAGACACACUGAAGCUGUAGUUGAAUUGUUUCAAAGCGUUUUGUUGCAUCUUCUGUCUGUGUGUAUAGUCCUGUAUGGCAACCAGUUCAACAGUCAGUCAAACAAUCAUGACUGAACUUAGAAGCCCUGUUUUAAAGGAUUAUAUAGCUUAUUUACUAAGAUGGCGUGAAAAGCUCAGACUGGGCCCAGAUCUGUGCUCUCAUGUCAACUGUUUGGCAUGACAAGACUGGCUAAAUACUAGCACAAACAGACCGGUAGCCAGGCUAUUAAAAGCCCUCAUCUCAAAUGUAAACCGUAAUUGAUGUGAUCGGUGGUAUGCCAUGUACCCAGGCUAUUAAAAGCCCUCAUCUCAAAUGUAAACCGUAAUUGAUGUGAUCGGUGGUAUGCCAUGUACCCAGGCUAUUAAAAGCCCUCAUCUCAAAUGUAAACCGUAAUUGAUGUGAUCGGUGGUAUGCCAUGUACCCAGGCUAUUAAAAGCCCUCAUCUCAAAUGUAAACCGUAAUUGAUGUGAUCGGUGGUAUGCCAUGUACCCAGGCUAUUAA